AUGCUCAAACCAAUCCCUAGUCUAGUCUUGAUCACUUCCAUAAUAUGUAUUUCUAUAUCAAGAGCUUGGGCUUUGACUGCUCCAUCCUCACAGGAGAAUUCUCGUAAUGGAAUCCAGUGCAAUGACUUGAAACCCAACUCGAAAGACAGCUCUCACAGCGGCGACAGGAGAUCAUUUUUGUCCCAAGUCUCCUUAACAACGAGUGCCAUUGCGACUGCAACGAUUGCCCCAUCCCAAGCAAACGCGGUCAUCACUGAAGACAGCAACUGGCCUCUUUGGACCGCCUUGCCCGUGGCACCCUUUAAUCGACGACGAACGAUUCGUUAUGAGGUCGGUCCCGGAGUCUACGCCUUUGAUCAAUUGAUUGGAAUAUAUUAUGUACACGUGCCAAUCCGAAUGAGCGUCAUGGCUGUACACCAGAAGGACCCAUCCAAACGCGGAUUGGUGGUGUAUGCACCCAUUGCUCCCACCAAAGAAUGUCUGUCGCUACUGCAGGAAUUGAUCGACCAGUACGGUCCCAUUAGUGAUAUUAUUGAUCCCUCGACGGCGGUGGAACAUAAAGUAAACGCUGGUCCAUUUGCUCGAGCCUUUCCAACCGCCAACUUUUAUGUUACCGACAAACAAUAUGCCUUUCCAUUGAAUCUGCCAGACUCAUUCUUGGGACUGCCAUCUUGGACGAAACCUCUGCCGAGGACAAGCCGAGGGACCGACAUGUGGGGAGGUGAAUUAGAGCACGAAGUCUUGACGGUGAAACCAGGAAUCGGGUCGAUGUAUCAAGACGUAGCUAUUUAUCACAAACCGUCAGAAAGUGUCAUGAUAUGUGAUGCACUGUUUGCAGUGACAAAAGAGCCACCAAAGAUUCUGACUGACGAAGAAGAAUACACUCGAGCUUUACUCUUUCAUGCCCGUGAUACAAAAGAUGAAGUAGUAGAAGAUACACCAGAGAACAGGCGGAAAGGUUGGAGGCGGAUUGUCCUUUUGUUCGACUUUUUCUUCCCUGGUUCCGGGCGAGGCGACUUGGGUCCUGGUCCAAUUCUGGAAGCCUUAAAGACGCCACUCUACAAGGAUGGAUGGGGAGGUUGGAAACCAUUCUCAUGGGGGGAGGAUGAAAUCAAGGAUUUUGAGACCUUUAGUGCCAAUGGCAAACCCACGAUACUCCCAAUCAUUCAAAUCAUAUUGGCCCGAGGUCCAGAAGAGGUACAACGAUGGCUAGGGGUUGUCACCAAAUGGAAUUUCAAACGAGUUGUUCCAAUGCAUCUUGAUGCUCCCUUGGCGAUAGGUCCCUCUGAAUUCGCCAGCACCUUUGAUUUUACCAAGACUGCCAAGAACGAGGUACGGUUCUGCGACGAAGACGUCCAAUUCUUACGAAAGGCUGAGGAAGGUCCAUUGAACUUUUCAGUGUACAAAUCACCACUAGGCACUCUGCGAGGAACACCUUGUGACUUGCGAAAGCCUGCUAAAAGCUAA